UGAGUAAUUAGGGAGAACGGUUGGUCUUUUUUUUUUCAUAGUAUUUUUACUAUGCUUUAGGUUAUGUUCUUUGACAUAAAACUGUGUCCAUGAUUAGUUUUACAGAGAGACCAAUUUAUUUGAAAUUUCCGUGAUUAGUCUUUAUAAGAAGAAGAUAUAAGCAAAAUCUUAGUUUCCCGUAAGUUCUUAACACUUGAUAUUAAAUUAUCAAGUGAUAUACUGUCCAUGACUAAUAUUGUAGUGUUGUGUAAAUAAUGCAUUAGCAAUGGAAGUACCUGAUAAUAGAAAGUGGAUCGAUAACCGUACUGAUCCUAAUCAGGAAGUUACUGAAGAAUUUAAAAUCGGAGUUCUUGAAUUUGUUGAGUAUGCUUUGGAACAUGAUAAAGAUAACGUUGGAGGAGGGAGUAUUAGAUGCCCUUGUAAGAAAUGCAAGUGUGCGAAAUUUCAAAUUCCAGACAUGGUAAAGUUACAUCUCUGUAAGAUGGGAUUUAUGAGUAAUUAUUAUCAUUGGACGAGCCAUGGUGAACCGAGUCCCCCAAUUCCCCCGGUGGUUGUAAGUCACUCAUAUUAUGGAAGUAGAGGCCGUAGAGAAUUAUUUGGAAAUUAUGAGCAAUUAGUAAUGGAUGCUGCAGGACCAAAAAUUGGUAAUUACCUAGAGCAAGAAGGUCAAGACGAGGGAGAAACAAUGCUAGAAGAUCCUAAUGAAGAAGCAGAAAGAUUCUUUGAAAUGUUGAAGGCCGCGCAAACUCCAUUAUGGGAUGGUUGUAGUAAAUAUUCCACAUUGUCAGCUUCUUUAACGUUAUUAAGUUUAAAAGCAGAAUAUGGUUUUUCCCAGGGUUGCUUUAAUGCAUUGGCGCAAUUUAUCGGAAAUGCAUUGCCAGAUAGUAACACUAUGCCUAAAAAUUAUUAUCGAGCGAAGAAAUCAAUUGAGGAGCUAGGUUUGGGAUGUUCGAAGAUUGAAUGUUGCCCAAAUGGAUGUAUGCUGUAUUAUAAGGAGGAUGAAGUGCUCCAAAGUUGUAAAAUAUGUGGAGAGGAACGAUAUACACAUGUCAGAAGACGGGGAAAGGAUGAAUUAGUUCCACGAAAACAUAUGUGGUACUUCCCUCUUGUUCCGCGACUACAACGUUUGUAUUCCUCGAUACAAACAGCCCGCGAAAUGAGAUGGCAUCGUGAGAAACCAAUGGUGAAUGGAUCUUUGUCUCAUCCAUCAGAUGCAGAAGCUUGGAAACACUUUGAUGAAGCAUGGCCUUCUUUCGCUGAAGAACCUCGAAAUGUUAGAUUAGGUUUAUGUUCGGAUGGCUUUGCUCCAUUUGAUAAAACAGGAAGGCGUUAUUCUUCAUGGCCUGUCAUUAUUACUCCUUACAAUUUGCCACCGUGGAUGUGUAUGAGAAGGGAGUUUAUGUUUUUGACCAUUUUAAUUCCUGGUCCUUCCGACCCAACGAGGAGAAUUGACGUGUAUUUGCGCCCUCUGAUAGAUGAAUUGAAAAUGUUGUGGGAGGAUGGAGUUGUGACUUAUGAUGUGUCGUUGAAGCAAAAUUUUUUGAUGAAGGCGGCUGUAAUGUGGACGAUCAAUGAUUUUCCAGCAUAUGGGAUGUUAAGUGGAUGGAUGACAAUGGGAAAACGAGCUUGCCCAAUUUGCAUGGAGCGCUCUAAGGCAUUUACCCUUGAUACUAGUAAAAAGACCUCAUGGUUUGAUUGUCAUAGACAGUUUUUACCACAAGAUCAUCCGUUUAGAAGGAAUAAGACUGCAUUUACAAAAGAUACAGUUGAGACGUCAACUCCUCCGCGAAGGCUGAGCGGUGAAGAAGUGUGGGAAAUAGUUAAAGAUUUACCAAGCGUUGAGGAAUCUGUAGAACAUUAUCCUUCAGACUAUAGGGUUAAGCAUAACUGGACAAAGCGUAGUAUAUUUUGGGAACUACCGUAUUGGAAAACUCAUCUUCUUCGACAUAAUCUUGAUGUGAUGCACAUAGAGAGAAAUGUGUUUCUUAAUAUUUUGUUCACAGUAAUGGACACCAAAGGUAAGACAAAAGAUAAUUACAAAUCUAGGAAGGACUUAGAAGCACACUGUAAGCGUAAGGGCCUAGAGCUGCAGCCUGGUAAGAAUGGUAACAUUGUAAAACCAAAGGCACCAUAUACGUUAACCAAACAACAAAGAAUAGCUGUAUGUGAAUGGGUCAAAAAUCUUAGGCUUCCGGAUGGUUAUGCUUCUAAUUUGAGUAGAUGUGUUGACUUGAAGGAAGCAAAGUUAUCUGGUAUGAAGAGUCACGAUUGCCAUGUAUUCUUGCAACGUCUUAUACCAUUAGCAUUCAAAGCCUUGCCCAAACCUAUAUUGAACACACUUACUGAAUUCAGCAACUUCUUUAGAGAAAUUACUUCAUCGUUAUUGAUGGAAGAUAAAUUGCGUGUCUUGGAGCAAAACAUCCCAAUCAUUAUGUGCAAAUUAGAACAAAUAUUUCCUCCAAGCUUCUUUGACUCAAUGGAACAUCUUCCUAUUCAUUUAGCUUAUGAAGCAAGAGUUGGCGGUCCCGUACAGUAUAGAUGGAUGUAUCCAUUCGAAAGGUUCAUACGGUCUUUAAAACAAAAGGUAACAAAUCAGGCCUAUGUUGAAGGUUCAAUGUGUAAAGAAUACCUACUGGAGGAGUCGACAACAUUUGCUUCGUAUUAUCAUCCCCCAGAUAUUUUAUCAAGGAGAACAAGAGUUCUACGGAAUGAUGAUGGAGGAGAAUCUUCUAUGAAUCCUCCGUUGUCAAUCUUUAACUAUCGAGGCCGUCCUUAUGGAAAAUGUACCACUUCUUUCAUAAAUGAUAAGGAAAUGAAAGCUGCACAUUUGUAUAUUCUUUUAAAUUGUCCCGAGGUGGCGCCUUAUAUUACCAUGUACUCCGAUAUGUUACGGGAACUUGAUCCAGAGCUUAACGAAGCAGAUUUGGACAAACAAGUAUCCACGACAUUUCCAGCAUGGUUUAAAAGAUAUGUGCUUGAUUUCAAAAAUGCGAUAGAUGAUGCGCUUUUAAGAAGUUUGGCAUGGGGCCCAAGUAGAUCAGUCACCAAGUGGCCUAAUUAUCUUAUCAAUGGAUACAAGUUUGUGACAAAAUCUAAAAAUGAAGGGAUGAGUACAACAAAUUGCAAUGUAUGCGUUCGAGGAGGGCAAUAUGAAUCUUUGGAAAAUAAUUACUAUGGGGUUUUGACGGACAUUGUUGAGUUACAGUACACAUGCCAUCCAUCAAAAAAGGUGGUUUUAUUUCAAUGUGAUUGGUUUGAUCCUAGUUCUCAAGGGACAAGGAUAGAUAACUAUGGAAACGUUGAAAUAAAAAAAUCUAGGAGAUAUAACAAUUAUGAUCCUUUUAUAUUAGCCCAACAAGCAGAGCAAGUGUAUUUUACAUCCUUUCCUGAAGGGAAACAAGGUUGGCUCGGUGUCAUCAAAACCAAAGCACGCAGCACAAUUCAAUAUUCGGAAAAAAAUGUACCCGAAACAACUCAUGCAUACCAGGAUGAUGCUGAACAACAAAUGCCUGUGUUUGUUUCAGAUGAUGAUUUUCAACAAUGCAUUGUUGACACUAAUGGUGUAGAAGAAGAAGUAGUACCAAUCUCUGUCUUGGACCAACUUGAUUUAGAGAUAGAAGAACAAUAUGACGAGUUUGAGGAGGAGGACGAGGAGGAUUAUGAAGAAGUAGAAGUAGAAGUAGAAGAAGAAAUAGAAGGGGAAGAAGAAGAAGAUGAUGAAUUUAGAAGAGGAAAAAGAAGGAGAACAAUAUGACUAGUCUUUUUUUCUUUUGUUAUGUUAAAUUUUUUAAACAAAUCCUUAUGUGUGAUUCUUAUGCAUAUUAAUGGAAAAUGCUAAUUGUGCUUAUGUUUUAA